AUGGCCAAAAAGAAGAACAAUAAUAAGAAGAAGAAUAACAACAACAAACGAGCCCCGAUAAACGACAACCCUCAAUCCAACCCAGAGUCCAAGGUCUCCGACCCCAUUGCCGACCCGGCGGAAUCCGAGGACCAUGUCGAUGACAACAAACCCGCCGAGCACGCAAAGGAAGAUGCCCCAGUAGACCCUCCAAAGGAUGAAUCCACUAGUUCUUCUGAUGAUGCUACCGCAACGGAGGCUGAAGCUUCGUCGAGAGCAACGACACCUCCAGACCCUGUAGAGGAGCCGACGACCUCUGAGUCGGAACCCCCUGCAGAGGCAGAAGCGCCUGCCGCAGAUCCUGCUCCAGAGCCUACCGCGGAAGAGGAACCCGCCGAGUCAGCGGGCGACGCAGAGCAGCCUGCUGCUGAAGCAAGCGAGCCGGCUGACACACCUGCGCCAGAACAAGUCGAUGAACAGCCACCAGCUGAGACCACUGAACCGGAUGCACCAGGUACAGAGGCUGCCAGCGCCGAAGUCCCUCCAACGGAGCCGCCUAGGGAAGAGCCUGCUGCUGAGAAAGCUGGCGAGGAAGAGAAAGCUUCGGAGCCUACUGAGGAAGCCGCAACUGUAGAUCCAGCGGAAGAGGCAGAACAGCCUACGGCCGAAACAAGCGAGCCGGCUGAUACACCGGUGCCUGAAUCAACCGAGGAACAGCCCACCACCGCCGAGUCUACGGAACCAGAUACACCUGCUGCGACCCCGGCUAACGACGAAGCUCCUGCGACAGAGCCAGCAGGCGAUGAACCUGCUGCUGCGGAAUCAAAGGAAGAGACUACUGUUGCUGAGACCGCUGAAGGGGAUUCAACACCAGAGGCUGCCGCCGAGGCUCCCGUUGAGGAUCCCACGGUAGAGACACCUGAGCAGCCUGCUGCUGAACCAGGCGAGCCCGCAGAAGCUCCUGUAGCAAAUUCCAUAGAUGAGACCCCGGCCAGUCCCGCCGUCGAAGCAGAGUCGCCUGCUCCCGAACCGGCAGAAGCGCCCGCUGAAGAGGCACCAGCCGCAGAACCUGCCGGCGAACAGCCUCCAGCUACGGCAGUCACCGAAGAUGAACCAGCCGCGGAGGCUCCCGAGGAGCCAAAGGCGCCCGCUGCUGAAAACCCCGCCGAAGACCCCGCCGAAGAACCAGUGGCCGAGACUGUCACAGAACCAGAGCAGCCCGCUCCGGAGGAAAGUGCAGCAGAAGUAGCCGACGAGCCAAAAGAUGCGCCGGCGGUUGUUGAAGCCGAGCCUGCUACAGAACCAACUGAAGAAAAGCCAGCCGAGUCCGUUGAGGUGCCAAACCCUGCCGAGGAGCCUGUACCAGACAACAAGCCUUCAGGGCCCGCAGAUGAGCCAGCUCCACCUGAGACUACUGAAGAGGUGCCCGUCCCGGCUCCGGCCGACACAGAACCACCCACAGAAGAAGCUGCGGCACCAGCUGUAGAGCAGAGCGAGGAGCUAGCGCCUUCUGCGGAUGCCGUUCAAGUAGAGGCUCCUGCUGCAGAGGUUGAGGAUGAACCUGAGCCUGCUGCUGCACCUAUUGAAGAAGCACCUGCUCCGGAGCCAAGUGAAGUGGCAGCGCCUCUGUCGGUGGAAUCGGUUGAAGAGAGCGCUGCGCCAGAGCCUGUGGAGGAGGUGAAGGCAGCGGAACCCAGUGAAACCCCGGAACCGCCUGCUGAGCAAGCAACUGAAGAGGCGCCAGCCGCCGAAGUCAGCGAAACGCCAUCUCCUGACGCACCCGUUGAGCCAGAACCGACACUUGAAGCAGCCCCGGAGCCAGUAGAGGAAGCUGCCGCAGCGGAACCUGAAGAGCAGCCUGUGGUCACGGCUGCUGGAGGGCCUACAAACGACGACUUUCCAGAUUGCGACCCAGAAGCUGCACUCGAUAAAGUUGAGGCCGAGAAAGAAGCCGCCGCACAGCAGGCCGAGGAGGACGCCAAAUUGGAAGCAGAGGAAGCAGCUAGAAAGGCAGAGUCACUUAUUGACCUCGAAGAUGAGCAAGAGAAACCAGAGGCAGCGGCGGAACCCCCUGUAGAAGAGAAGGAACCUGAACCAGUGGCCGAAGCCGAAGUUGCUGCACCAAGCGUUGAAGCAGCAGCCCCAGAGCCUGAGGCUGCAGAGGAGAAUCCCACGGAGAGCGCCCCCGAGGAACCAGGUAUCGAAAUCGAGGACAAAGUACCUGAAGAGCCUGUCGCGGCCAACGAGACUCCAGAGCCAGUACAAGUUGAAUCGCCCCCCGCGGAGGAGCCAGCUCCAGAGCAGACACCUGAAGAGCCCGCGCCUAGCGAGCCUGCUCCAGAGGAAACAGCACAGGAAGAAGUGCCAGCACAAGAGCCAUCAGUCGAAGUUGAGGCCAAGGAACCCGAGACUUCUGUCCCAGCAUCUGCGGAGGAUCCCACCCCUGCUGAACCCGCUGAAGAAGUCGCUGAGACUGCCCCGGCGGCGGAUGUUCCGGACGAUGCGGCCAGGUCACUAGAGCCAGUACCAAUCGAAGAGCCGACUGCACUCACCGAGCAGGCUCCUGAAGAAGCAUCGCCUGCGGAAGCGUCGCCUGAAGAGCCCUCGGUCGAAGCGGCGGCUCCGGAAGAGCAACCCGUCGAAGCACCCGUUGAAAUCCUGCCCGCAGAAGAGCCGGUGCCUGAGGCCCAACCCGCGGAAGCGCCUGCUGUUGAGGAAGUACCGGUUGAAGAGCCAGCUCCUGAGCCAGUGCAGCCAGCUGAGGAUGCUCCUGCAGACGAGCCUGUUGCUUCUGAGCCGGCCCAUGUAGAGGUAGUCCCAGAGGCGGCUCCAGCUGAAGAACCUUCAACAGUCGAGGAACAUCCUAUUGAUCUAGAUGUUCAGGAAACUUCCAGGGCGUUGGACAUCUCAGAUGUCCCGAUAGACUCCGCCCAAGUUGGUCCCCUUGACGAUCCAUUGGAUGCUGAAGAAAGGGACGUUUUCGGCGAACCUUCUCCGAGAACAUUCAUCCCAGAAACCUCAGCAAUGAUUGGUGCUGAAGAUGCUCCUGGUGAUCGGUUUGCCCUUGUCGCCGCAGAGGCUCUAGAGCGCUCUAGACGAAGGAGAAGACGAUCUUACGUGGACGAUACCUACGGCGAACGACGCCCUUCGAAGAGUUCAUCGGAAGGACGUCGCCAUAACCACCACCACGCACCGCCCCAGCCGAAGCCUGAACGCAACAAACUGAGCCAGCGAUGGUUGUCAGCCCUCGAUGAAUCAAGAAGACAGUACGAGGAGAAGUCGAAGAAGGAGCACAGACGACACCACCGGUCUAAUACCGAGAGAGAACGCCCAACUAUGGAAAGAGAAAGGACACAUGAACGCUCGAGGCGAGCGGAGGGUAUGGAACGCUCCAUGAGCACCAGGGAGCGAGAAGGUGGACACAGGUCAAGACAUCGGGGCUCGGGUAGCCAUGAGGAGGACAGAAAUGAGGAAUCAUCGUCGAGACAUUCGCAAUCCACGGUCCCUAAGCCUCGACACUUCCUCAAGUAUGCUCCGUCCGAGGAGGAGGUAACAAGCAACGGACCGCUUCCAAAGCUUAGCGGCUCAAAGGCUCUUGCGAAUAUCGUUGAUCAGCAACGGAAGCGAUCGUCUGCCAGCCACUCUCAUGGCCACCGUCAUUCGACCGAAAGGAGGGAUAGCCAUGAGCGGUCCAGUGGCUCUCGUCGCAAGGAAGAAGACCCUCCCCGCGAGACACGAAGAGCCCGGCGGAAGUCCGAGGUGAUCGUCGAGACGCAAGAACAUCAAGAUUACCAAGAACCUCAGGAGGAGGCUUAUCGAUCAAGGGACGAUCCUGAACGUCGACGCCGCCAUCAUCGUCGGAGGCGCGAUCCGACUCCCCCGCCGAGCGCUGCCGCUAAGCUCAAGGGCAUUUUCAAAGCAAUCACCGCACAUUGA